AUGGCCAUUCAUCUGCCAUGGUUUCUCCUCUUUUUUCUUCUUUCUCACGUCCGCACAUCACCUGCAACUUCCCUCAACAGCACCUUUUCCUUCAAUGGCUUCCAACCGUCAGACCUGAGCUUAUCUGGCUUUGCAACUGUUAUCAGCACGGGGGCUCUUCAACUGACCAACGGUCAACGUACCAUGAAUCUUCCAGGCAUCACAGGACAAGCGUUCUACCCGGCCAUUCUCCAAUUCAAAAAGGGUCCUUCGGCUACGACUACUCGAUCUUUCAGCACACAUUUUCUCUUCGAAAUCGUAUCCAAGGACCAGAAACCAGGUGGUCAUGGCUUCGCCUUCGUCUUGGCACCCUCCACCAACUUCUGCUCUGCCUCUGGAGGCCCCUUCCUCGGCUUCGUCAACCAGUCGAACAACGUAAACCCAAACAAUCAUAUAUUCGCAGUUGAAUUCGACACAGUUCAACAAGUAGAUUUGGAAGACAGAGAUGGAAACCAUGUGGGCAUCGACGUCAAUGGUGUGAUCUCCAAUACCUCCGAAUCUGCUGCUUAUUAUACAGAGCUUAACAAGAAAGAAACGGUGCUUCUGGACAGCCAGACGCCCAUCCAAGCAUGGAUUGAAUAUGACGGGAAGGGGAAGCAGCUGAAUGUCACCAUAGCCCCAUUGUCGCACCCACUCAAGCCUACCCGCUCGCUCAUAUCAUAUUCCAUUGACCUGUCUCCUAUUCUGCUUGAACACAUGUAUGUUGGCUUCUCUUCUGGUACGCAAAAGCUAUUCAGCAAGCACUAUAUCUUGGCUUGGAGCUUCACGAUGGAAGGAAAAGCACAAGAGUUGGACCUCUCACGCCUUCCUUCUGUUCCUCGGGAUCGUACUCCUCUAGGGAAGUCUUUAAAGCUGUACCUAUACCUUUCUGUAGCAUUAGUGAUUAUAUUGUUUCUCAUUAUUACAAUUAGCAUCUGUUAUUGGACCCAUAAGAAGAGUAAGCUCACAUCUGAGAAGGUAGAGGAAUGGGAGAUGGACUACCCACAUAGGUUCCCGUACAGGGAACUCUACAGGGCAACCAAGGGUUUCAAGGAGGAGUUGGGGAAAGGAGGUUUCGGCAGCGUCUACAAAGGUGUGCUGCCCAGGAGCGGAAUGGAAGUUGCAGUGAAAAAAGUAUCACAUAGUUCGAAGCAGGGGAUAAGAGAGUUUGUGGCAGAAGUAUCAAGCUUGGGGAGGAUGAGACACAGAAACCUGGUCCAGUUGCAGGGUUGGUGUAGACGAGGCGAGGAGCUGCUCCUUGCCUAUGAAUUCAUGCCAAAGGGGAGUCUGGACAGUCAUCUUUUUGGGAUAAGAAGGAAAAGCCUGAGUUGGGAACAGAGGUUCAAGAUUGUCAAGGGAAUUGCUUCUGGUCUGCUGUAUCUGCAUGAGGAGUGGGAGCAAGUGGUUGUGCACAGAGACGUUAAAGCGAGUAAUGUAUUGUUGGAUGGUGAUCUAAAUGGCAGGUUGGGUGAUUUUGGGCUUUCUAGACUCUAUGAGCAUGGGACCAACCCCAAAACAACCAAAAUCGUUGGGAGUUUUGGGUACAUGGCGCCGGAGCUUUCCCGCACCUGCAAGUUCACGACGAGCUCCGAUGUGUACUCUUAUGGUGCCUUGCUCCUAGAGAUGGCCUGUGGAAGGAGGCCUAUUGAGCCAGAGAGACCCUGCGACGAGAUGAUUCUGGUGGAGUUAGUCCACUCUCUGUGGAAGGGUGGACGAAUACUGGACGCCAUGGACAACAAGCUUGGGAAUAGCUAUGUGGUGGAGGAAGCAGAGCUUGUGCUGAAGCUUGGCGUGCUCUGUUCACAGGCUGCACCUGAAUCAAGGCCAAACAUGCGGCAACUGACUCAGUUUCUCAAUGGUGGUGCCUCCCUACAAGAUCUGGAAUGCCAUAAUAUUGUUAUUCAAGACGAUCCAGGCAUGGACCAACUAAUUCUGCAGUACUCUUCCUCUGCCAUUCUAUCAUCAACUUCAGGAAACUCAGGAUCAUAACUUAUUAACACAACUCCAGCAUGUCAUUGCAGAGGCAUCAAUCAAAAAGUCAUAGAUCAGUAUAUCCUUUCUCAAGUUGUCAAACUAGCAGAAUGCCAUCCUUUGCUCGAGGUUCUGGUUGGCUACAAGAUCUCUCACAUCUGUUAUUUUUGGAGCUGAGUGCCAGCCCGUACGUACACCGUUUGUGUACUCCUUGUAUUCGGUCUGGCAAAAUCUUUGUAUGAUUUAC